GGUCGUUCUACGUCACUUCCUCUUCCCUGUCCUUGGUGUGUUGCUGCGUCCAUCCUCUCUGUUCGGGAUAAAACAACACAUGGCUGCUAAACUGAGCAAAGAGACCAAACAGCGGCUGCAGCAGCUGUUCCAGUGCGGCCAGUUUGUCAUCAGAUGGGGUUUCAUCCCGACCGUGUUGUACCUCGGUUUCAAACGAGGAGCAGAUCCAGGAAUGCCUGAACCGACGGUCUUGAGUUUGCUAUGGGGCUAAGGAACGUCUCCACCCAGCCGGCCGCCUCCCGACAUCGAGACCAUGUGACCCACCUGUCAUUGGAAAUCCAGGAUAUUGACAUUAUUUUUCUCUUCCUUCUCUAUAAAUCAUACUGUCCAAAGUCUGAGGAGUCAUGAAUAAAUGUUACGUGCAGCCAUGCACGUAACAUUUACAUAUAUAGUAGAUGCACGGAGAGUGUCGGCUACAUGGAUAGAAGAUAUUUGGAUUGACAAGCUGGAAUCAAGACUUCGUCCUUGAAAAUAUGUAGCGUUGACUGGACUAUCUGUCGGUGUUUUGUUGGGAAUGUGUGACAGCGAUGUUUGGAUUCAUUCCAUGUUUUUCCUUUUUAUUUGUAAUUUAAGAUUUCUGAGAAUAAAUCCACAAUGAAAUGUCACUCUUGUCUUUAUUACCAGGAGUCAUGUCAACGCUUAAUCUUUAAACAACCAAAACUGGGUCCAUCAUUGAAAAAAUGAUAAAGGUUAUGUAGAAAAUUCAGAGUAUGGCUGAUGGUGUUAUAAGUUUGGAAAUCCAACACAAAAAUCUGGAAGGAUAUAUUAAUUUUUGAUUAAUAAAUCACUGCUGAUAA